UCUUAUCUUCUAGAAAACUGUAUCCCGUUUUUGUUCUUGUACUCUACACAAACAGACAACUUCAAAUUACUCAACACCACGUCGUGAAAAUCCGAUCUACGUCUCUGUCUCUCUCCAAUCUCUCUGCGCCACAGAAUUGUGCGAUUUACGAAAAUCUCUGAAACCUCCGAUCGUUAACGGCGACCGCCGAUUUUCCCGGUAAAAAUGAACGACGGAGAUGUAUCGAGGCAGAUCCAGCAGAUGGUGAGAUUUAUCCGCCAAGAAGCGGAAGAGAAAGCAAACGAGAUCUCGGUUUCUGCUGAAGAAGAAUUCAACAUUGAGAAACUCCAGCUUGUUGAGGCGGAGAAGAAGAAGAUCAGGCAAGAUUAUGAGAAGAAGGAGAAGCAAGCUGAUGUUCGCAAGAAGAUUGAUUACUCUAUGCAGCUAAAUGCAUCAAGGAUCAAAGUUCUUCAAGCGCAAGACGAUAUUGUCAAUGCCAUGAAAGACCAAGCAGCUAAGGAUCUUCUGAACGUUAGUCGCGAUGAGUAUGCCUACAAACAGCUCCUCAAGGAUCUAAUUGUUCAGUGUUUGCUUCGGUUGAAAGAACCUUCUGUGUUGUUGCGUUGUCGUGAAGAGGACUUGGGUUUAGUGGAAGCUGUACUUGAUGACGCAAAGGAGGAAUAUGCUGGUAAAGCAAAGGUUCAUGCCCCAGAGGUUGCUGUUGACACAAAAAUAUUCCUUCCCCCUCCUCCUAAAUCUAAUGAUCCUCAUGGUCUCCACUGCUCUGGAGGUGUUGUGUUAGCUUCUCGUGAUGGGAAAAUCGUGUGCGAGAACACACUUGAUGCGCGUCUUGAUGUGGCAUUCCGUAUGAAACUCCCAGUGAUCCGUAAGUCGUUGUUCGGCCAAGUUACUGCCUGAUGAAAGAAAGGAAAAGAGAAAAGAGAUUAUUCAAACCGGUUUGCGUUUGGUUAUUUACCUAUUUUGGGAGAGAUUUCUCUUUGUUGUGAUUCUUUGUAUUUUGCAAAAUCUUACUUUGGUGCCAAACCCAUCGAACGCUUCUUUUUUUCGAAUUCCUUUUUUUCAUUCCUCCUCGAAUGUGUGUUAUCAUGGCUAUACAAAUAAAUAAAAUGAAAGACUUCUUUUCUUUUUCUUCACUUUUUCUAUUCAAUGUCUAUGCUUUAUA